AUGGAUCGCUCAAGAAAACGCAACUUGCGCGCACAGAACGAGCGCGCAUGGGAUGGGGAGAAGGACAUCUUUCCCGUCGGCAAAUCCCUCGAUUCGUCGCUCAAGAAGAACACGGCCUUCAUUAAACGCCUGCGCACUGCCAUUUCUCCCGCGACACUGAACACGUUCCUUCAAGAAAUCAAGACACUGAGUCUACUCAAGUACCUUUCGGAGAUCAUCUCGGCCUGUUACGAAGGACUGUGCAAGCUCAAAUCCCCUGGAGAAAUCGAGGCCGGCGUCGAGAUCGUCAGUGCCCUACACCAGCGAUUCGGCCCCGUCGAUUUCACCGAAUACCUGGGAUGGCUUCUGGGCAAGGGCAUGGCUACCCCGGACAAGAGUCUGCUGAAGACGUUGUCGCCCGAUGUCCGUGAGAAGGAGGAGAAGGAGCGACUGGUACGACAGCGCGCGCUUUUACGGGUUGUCACCGAGCUCUGGCUUGUUGGUGUCCUGCGAACCCUCGACAAUGUCAAGCCUGACGAUGCAACGCGAGGGGCCACCGGCAAGGAUCUGGGACUGAAGAUGAAGCCCUCAAGUUCCUCCAAGGGUGGUAGCGCCGAGCCAUUUCCCCUCGAAGUUUUAAAAGAUCUUCUUGGACACGACCGAGAGCACGCCAACUUACCUCUGCUAGUCAUAUUCGUGAAAGCCUUCAGCUGGGACUUGCUUGGAGUUAAGGCGACUGGGGCCGAUGGACGGAAGCUUGUCGAGGAAGACGGCGCAAUGAAAUCUACAGAUAAUGGAGUCGAGCCUGUCAACGGCACAGACGGUGCCAACGAUCAGACCGAGGAUCCGCCGUUCACGAGUCCAGAACUCCAGGAGCGUUUCAAGAACAUCCUCAAAAGGUACUUCGACGAUGUCAAAGCACACUUGAUCCGAGACCAGAAGAACAUCGUCGCUCAGAAGGGCCGCAACUCCGAGGCCUACGUCAAAUCUGGGGAGGUGUUUGAAGAUCGACAAGCAAACUUUGAGAAACAGUUGAAAGCUCAAGAACGCCUGGUUAGCAAUGCUCAGAUCAUCGCUGAGGCUGUUGGCGUUGACAUGCCCGACCUGAAGGAUUCUGGAGAUUCACUUGCGGCAAUCAAUGGCUCCAUUGGCCUGGUUAAGACCGGCGAGUAUCUUCGUGGCCAGAGCGACGGCUCGGGCAUUUGGGAGGAUGACGACGAGCGUCGCUUCUACGAGAAUCUGGUCGAUCUGAAGGGCAAGGUACCGGGUAUCCUUCUUGAAGACGGGAAGAAAAAGAAAUCAGAAAGUGAUGAGCAAGUCGGUAAAAAGUUUGACACCCCCGAGACGCCGGAAGCUCCGAAGCCAAACGAUCCAAACGACGAUCAAUCCACCGCCAUCGCCAACAAGACGAUUGGAGCCCAAGUAGAUGCUCUCCUGACUCGUCUUCCGGAACUCACCAACAAAGACGUCAUCGAUGAAACCGCCAUUGACUUCUGCUUCUUGAACUCAAAGGCUUCCCGCAAUCGUCUCAUCAAGGCACUGACUGAAGUGCCCAAGGGCCGAACCGACCUACUGCCCUGCUGGUCUCGUCUGGUAGCUACGCUGGGACGCUACAUGCCCGAUGUUCCCAAGGGAGUUGUCGAAUACCUCGACGCAGAGUUUCGCAGCCUACAGCGGCGCAAAGAGAAGGAUUUUCUUGGCCAAGUUCGGCUGAGCAACAUCCGUUACCUUGCUGAGUUGACCAAAUUUGGCAUCGUUCCGGAACACGUUGUUUUCCACUGCUUGAAAGUGAGCUUGGACGAUUUCUCCCGGAUGAACAUUGAGAUUAUCUGCAACUUGCUCGAAAACUGUGGCAGAUAUCUGCUCCGAAGUGCCGAUACAUCCCCUCGCAUGGCGACGUUCCUAGAGACGUUGCAGCGCAAAAAGUCGGUGCAGCAUAUCGGGCAGCCGGAGCGCAUGCUCAUCGAGAACGCCAUCUACUAUGUAGAUCCUCCCCAGAGAGCGUCCAUCCAGCAGAAGGAGCGCACGCCUACCGAACUAUUCAUCCGCAAGCUGAUCUACGUUGACAUGACCAAGCGUAACUACACGAAGAUUCUUAAGCAGAUCCGCAGGUUGCAUUGGGAAGAGCCCGAGGUUGUUGCAAUACUCGCGAAAGUGUUCUCGAAGCCUGGCAAGGUUAAGUACGGCAGCAUCCACAUUCUCGCGAUUUUGCUUAGUGCCAUCUAUCGUUACCACCCUGAAUUCGUCGUAAAGGUUAUCGACAACGUUAUUGAAUCUGUGUGUUUCGGUCUCGAACAGAACGAUUUCAAGUUUAACCAAAGACGUCUUGCGGAAGUGAAGUAUCUCGGCGAGCUCUACAACUACCGCAUGCUAGAGCAUCCCGUCAUUUUCGAGACGAUGUACAAGGUGAUGACUUUUGGUCAUGGCGGCCCCCCCAUUCCCAGCAGACUGAAUCCGUUCGACAUGCCCGACGAUUAUUUCCGCAUUCGCCUGGUUGCCACCAUCCUGGAGACCUGUGGGAUGUUCUUCAUUCGUGGUGCUGCCGGCAAGAAACUCGACUAUUUCCUAUCCUUCCUCCAGUACUACAUUCAUACUAAAGGCCCACUGCCUAUGGAUAUUGAGUUCAUCGUCCAGGACACCUACUCUUUGACUCGUCCCCAAUGGAAGCUCGCUACAAACUUGGAGGAAGCGGCUAAAGCAUUCCAACUUGCAAUCCUUCAAGAUCAAAAGAAUGCCGGAAUCGACAAGACUGUUGACCAGGAUCAAGAAGAUGCAAGCAGCAGUUCAUCUUCUGACGAAGAGGAUGUGGAAGGCGAUGGAGAUGAGGUGCUACCAGCGGCAAAUGGCGAAGAGGGCUCGGACUCGGAGGAGGAUGACCUCGAGGACAUCGAGAACCAUCAAGGGUCGACUCGAGACAGCGAGUCGGAAGAAGAAGCCAUCGUGGUCACUCGAAAGGCAGAGAAGGUCGAGCCGGCGGAUGAAGCCGACUUUGAACGUGAGUAUGCGAAGAUGAUGGCGGAAAGCUUAGACUCCAGAAAGUUCGAGCGGAAACCCCUUUUCGAUGUCCCUCUACCCGUUCGACCCAAGAACCGCGAACCGUCCACAACGGCCCACGCCCACGAUACGGAUGAUGCCGAUGGCGACGCUGCCCCUAACAUGAUGGCGUUCUCACUUUUGACCAAGAAAGGAAAUCGGCAACAGACUCGGACAGUCGCGCUCCCCUCCGACUCGACCUUCGCAGUCGCCAUGAAGAACCAACAGCAAGCAGAACGGGAAGAACAACAACGGAUCAAGAACCUGGUUUUGAACUACGAUCUUCGAGAGAGCGAAGAGCAAGAUGGUGAUACCAACUCAAUGCCCUUGCAACCCAACACAACUAUUCACAAGUCCAACCCUGCAGGUCACGAACGAACACCUACCUACCACCUAAACCGCACCGACAAAAUAGGAAAGGAGCGUGGCGGACAGCGCGUCCGCAGACUGCAGAUGAAUGACUUGGACUGGUAUGAUAGAUUCCCCGAAAACAACCAGACACUCAACCGGGAGCCCGAGGCAAAUUCUCCUUCUGCCGGAGACACGUACAGAAGUAAUUCUCCUGCACCGAACCCAGUGGAACAGAGCACACUGAACAAGCGUCGUGUACCCAAUGCAGGAGACAAGCACCGAAAACGUGAACAGGGCCACCGUCGAAGACACCGUUGA